CGACGCCUCGGGGCAGCAUGGCCGUGAGCGGGGCGGCCCCCCCCGCCGCCGAGCCCCUGCCCCGCAGCAUCUUCAAGAAGUUCCUGGUGAUGCUCUGCUCCCUCCUCAUGUCCCUCUAUGUCUUCUACUGCCUGGCCGACCGCUGCCAGACCCUGCCCGGGCCCAUCAUCGCCGCGGGCGCCGCCUCGGAGGAGGAGGAGGGCGGCGGCGGCGGGUACCUGGGCGGCUCGGCCGAGCUGCCCCCGUGGCAGGCGGCGGCCGCCCGGCGCAAGCGGCUGCUGCAGCGGCUGAAGCAGCGGCGGCGGCGGCAGGAGGCGGCGCCGGGCGAGGAGGCGCCGGCCGGGGGCGGCGGCGGGAGCCGGGCCGGCGGCUCGGGCGGCGGCGGCGGCGGCGGCGGGGGCAGCGCGGCGGGGGCUCCCGGCACCCUCCCGCCGCUGCUGGGCGACGGCACCAAGCGGCUGCCGCAGGCCAUCAUCAUCGGCGUGAAGAAGGGGGGCACGCGGGCGCUGCUGGAGUUCCUGCGGGUGCACCCCGACGUGCGCGCCGUGGGCGCCGAGCCCCACUUCUUCGACCGCAACUACGAGCGGGGCCUCGCCUGGUACAGGGACCUCAUGCCCAGGACCCUCGAGGGGCAGAUCACCAUGGAGAAGACCCCCAGCUACUUUGUCACCAAGGAGGCUCCAGCCCGCAUCUCCUCCAUGUCUAAGGGCACAAAGCUCAUCGUGGUCGUGCGGGACCCCGUGACCAGAGCCAUAUCGGACUACACCCAGACGCUCUCCAAGAAGCCCGAUAUCCCCACCUUUGAGAGCCUGACCUUCAAAAACAGGACUACGGGCCUGAUCGACACUUCAUGGAGCGCUAUCCAGAUUGGCAUCUACGCCAAGCACCUGGAGAACUGGCUCCUGUACUUCCCCAUCGGGCAGAUCCUCUUUGUCAGCGGGGAGAGGCUGAUCAGCGACCCCGCGGGGGAGCUGGGCAGGGUCCAGGACUUUCUGGGCCUCAAGAGGAUCAUCACGGACAAACACUUCUACUUCAACAAAACCAAGGGCUUCCCGUGCCUGAAGAAGGCGGAAGGCAGCAGCAAACCCCACUGCCUGGGGAAGACGAAAGGCAGGACCCACCCUGACAUAGACCAAGAGGUGGUGCAAAGACUGCGGGACUUCUACCGGCCUUUCAACAUGAAGUUCUACCAGAUGACGGGGCAGGACUUCGGCUGGGACUGAGGCUCAAAAAAAUAAUUUAAGAAAAGGAAAAUAUAAUAUAAUAUAUAUUUUUUUUACAUAUCAGUAGAGAUGGGGGAAAUACAGAAAAAUAAUAGUUGUGCUGAAAAUGUUACUUGUUUUGAUUUUUUUGAGACUGCUUUGUUUUCUUUCUUCUCUUGGAGAUGAGGUGAUAUGUCCUAGCAGAGGACAAAGGAGGCUGUGAACUGCAACUUGGUCCUACUGACAUCACCUGCAGCUUGGUUGUUUCCUUUGAUGGGGCCAAGGUUUAACACGGUCUCUGUAAAAAAGGGCAGAUGCAAAAAUGUUUAGAUGUUUCCAAGUUCCAUUUUCAGAAGUGACAUGGUUGCUUGGGGGAGCUCAGAGCCUUACCGGAAGGUCAACCACAUUUUGGUUUGCAAAUGCCAUUUUAGACCAGACCUUGGUCACUUUUGGCAAUUGAACCAAAGGAGUCCUAAUACCUAAUCUGGCUUUUAAAAUCUUACCGUAGAGUCUUUUUUUUUAUUGCGUGAAAACAUCAGUGACAUUUUUUUCAUUUACCCAAUUUUUCUUUGACUUUUGGUCCCCCCCAAAUCAAACUUUUCUCAUCAACCAAACUUAGCUAUUUUUCAUCUUAUAGAAUCCAAAACCAAUAUGCCUUUGUUUUGUUUUGAAACAAAACACUUUUGGUAGCCAAAAGAAAAUAAAUUAUUCUGUUGACUUUAUGAUUAAAAUUGCCAGGUAGUCAAAAGCCCUCAUUCAAGGGAUUUGGCUCUAAACCAGUGUCCCCAUUCCCGGGAAUGCUCCCCCCUUCUCUAUUGCUGACAAUGGAGCACUUCACCCAGCGGGCCCCAUCACGAGGGAUUUGUGUGAUGGGCAGGAGCGGGUCCAUGAUAAGAUACCACUUGUGAUACGCCUGUCCUGGUGGGGAUGGGCAGCCCACCAUCCUGCUUCUCCUGUGCAGGAAACAAACUUGCAGGGAGGUGUCUGGCGGAUCAUACUUAAGCCAUACUGAAGAAUGUUUUGGAUCAGGCCAAUCUUAACAGAAAAACGGCGGAGCAAGCGUUGUUUGGAAAAAAUGAACAAAAAGCAUGUUCAGAAAGGGCAGAGAAUGCACACGAGGAGAAACGAUGAAAGUUCUCUUGGCCUUUCCUACUGGAGAACCAAGGGGAAAUAGAAGGGAGAUCACCAGUUUUCCAGGGCCUUAAAAAUUGUCAGGGAAAACAAAUUUUCUGUUUGUAAUAACCAGGAGCUUUAAAUUCUUUGCUUUGAUCCUCAUCACCUUUUUUGGCUGACAGAAAUGUCCCAGUGACAGAAACCUAUUACUUAAGCUCGUGUAUUACAGUGGGCCCACUUAUCUGCUGGUUAUUUAUCUUUAGUAUUUUCUGGACUAUAGUAGCACCUAAUUACUGCUUGGUGCUGUAUAAACAGAUCACAAUGAUGUUCCGUCUCCUCAGUCUGACUUUAAAAAGUCCCUUACAGGGUAUAACAAACUAAGGGGGGGAUCAUCAGGUAGCUCUGGUUAGGAAGAAGUCUGGGGUCCCAGCUCAUUGGCUGCCCACACUCUGGCCAAGAUAGGUGUAAAAUUACAGCAGAGCAGACACUUCAAGCAGUCCAAAAAGGACUGUAUCAAGACCUAGAUGAUGUAUAUGAGAUUACCACUUAACCCAACAGAAAUUAAUCUUCAUACUGGCCUUCUUUCCCAAUGGAAAAUCCCAUGGCAAUGUCAUCACACCAGCUUACUUUGCAGGUGAUGGGCUACAUCCAUCCUGGCUUCCCUGAACCUCCUUGCUUAUCCCUAUGUGCCUCUCUCCUUUCCUGAGGAUGCAGUGUCCGGGGAUGAUUGCUUUCCUACCCCUUUUGAAGACACAAACCCAGGUGGUUUCAUAUGCAAGGCCCAUUUCCCAAGGUAGUUAAAAUAACGGCCUUAGUUUUGCGGGGCCCCAGGACUUUCUCCUACCCUGCAAAGCCUUACCUGAGCUCAACAUUGACAUGUUGGCAGUAGCAAACCUGGGCUGUGUUCAGCAAUCUGCCCUGGUGUGGCAGGUCGAGGUGUUUGUUACCCUCGCUGCCUUCACUGGCAUUUUCACCUCCUUCCCACUAUCUGUGCUUCAGUGUGUCCCAUCACUGGUAUUAAGCUCUUUUUUGGCUGCAACCUGCACCACAAAAAAAUAUGGACAAACAUAUUACAUAAUCGCCUUUUCCAAACACAGCAUGGGAAGCAGCUACAGACUACACAAACGUGAGUGUGUGCAGCCAGACCCCAAACAGCCCUUUCUCCUACCUGCCUCCCUUCAAUCCUCCUCAGGGUCGUGCAAGAAAUCGGGUGGGAGAGCUGGAAAGGUUGGUCACACAGCACUACCUUGGCUUCCUGGAGCUACAAGCCCUACCAGCACCUCUGGUGUUCACUGCUGGAGCUCAAAGGUCCUGAAUCAGAGCAAGCUGGAAAAAUAAAGGUGACGAGAUCUUGGUGACAGUCUCCCCAAAGCAUCAGCAGGGACAAGGGGAAUGACCUGUUCUUUGCCUACGCCAGCCAGAUAAAGGGGGAAUGGGCUUAAGGUGCAGCAGAAAGUAGGGGGUGAAUUAUUAGGGAAACCUUUCUUUCAGCAACACUUGUCAGGACAGAAACGGGGGAUGAUAGCCACCCCUUCCAGUGCCGCAUCCUUCCACAUCUCCGACUGCCAAAGCGGAGCAGGCAGCCAGGGCAGUGGAGAGGAGGCAGUAUCGCCCACUGAUUUACUGGCACACCAAACAGCACCGGCACCACUUAAAAAAAGAGGAGCUGAGCAUGUAAUUUCUUUGGUCUUUCAAGGAGAGUUAAGGUUGGGCUAAUCUGUAUGUGUUUUUGACAAGUAUAAGUAUCAUUUAAGUGUAUGAUUUAAAAAAAAUCAAUAUAACAAUAUUGCUACUGUCUCUCAUAUGGUCACAUUUAGAUUAGUAUAAAGUUGCUUUAUAGUGCUACAGAUUGUUCUUCCCAUAUUGAACUAACUAUAGUGAUAUAAAGCACCUUCAUACAAAUGAGCUGCUACAACUGCCACCAAAUCACUCUCAUUCAAUCAGCACAGCUUUGGUGCGUACACAGGCCUAACUAUCUUACGUGCCUUUAAAAACAAUCUUCCCGGCACAUUGAAUUCAACCACAUAGGCACACUUUCCCAAAAAUAUGGAUGCUUUAUGUCCAUUAAUUUAUAAGGUUUUGAAUACCUAGAUGAACACCUACUAAAAAUAUUUAGGGAUCUGAGACUGUAAUUUUUUUUUUUUUUUUUGAUCUGGGCCAUAAGUAUUUUCCAAAAUCCCUCCACGUAUGAACAAUGGCUUUUAAUAAGAGGCCAUGCGAUCAAAAUCACUUUGAACUCUAAUAACAUUUAAGCCUCUAAACCCUUUAGGCUCAUUUUAAAAUCCAGCCAUGAAGUUUAGUUUAUUUUAAGCUCUGAACAACUGGACAUAAACUACUCCCUCUACUGAAAACUGGACCCUUCCUAGGCCUACAGUAUUAAGCACGUGUAUUAGGAGAAGAAAGCAAAAGUGGCUAUAAAUAAAAAUGAAAGUGACCUAUAGAGUUUGACUCUUCUUAAAAAGCAGAAAAAUCAAUACAUUGACAACAAGCAACUAAUUGGGUGUUUUAGUUUCAAUAAUGCAAUGUGUCAUUAGGCACUGAUGAAGCUUGGGCUUAUUAUACACCAUGCAACAUUUAGAUUUUAGAACACUUGUUUCAAAAAAUAUAUAUAUAUAUAUAUAUCCACCCUUUAUAAAGCAUCAUGUCCAUGUCAAGGACCAAAUUCAUCUUCUGGUUACAUGGCCACAGCACCACAUCAGCCACCCUGACCCUCAGACAGAGGGUGCUGAGCACAAGUAUCGCGCUGACUGCUUUUGCCAGGACUUGCACAUAGGCAGCAUUUCCCCAAGGCAGGACCCAGCUCUGGAUAAGAUGGGCCAGAAAUAACCCAACACCUUUCUCCUUGCACAUUUGAGGGGCUGGAGGUGCUUCUCCCGCAAGCCUUCCUCAGAUCCCUGUGGCAGCAGCGGUCAGCCAAACCCUGGCACGGGAAGCAGGGAGCUUUGCAUCCUGCUUCAACUGGCCGCACCUGGAAAAUCUCAGAGAAAUGGGGUUUUCUUUACCAGGUUGGCAAGACAAAAACUGGCCUUUACACUGCUGUACUACAAGGAGGUGCAUUGCUCUGAUUUCUGGAGAGAGAUGGCAGGGCCAGGAAUGGACUGCUGCAUCCACGUUAGCUAACGGGGCUGACUUCAUGCCGGGGGGAUUUAGUCAUCUCCUAAAGAAUUGCUGUUGCCCACUAAUUUAUACAGUUAAAAGAAACAUAAACACCAAUAUGCCAUGGAGAUCAGUGAAUGAGAUUCCUCUAUGUGCUGCUCAGGGUGGUCUUUGGGGUGCAGCACUAUUAUAAGUUAAAUUUCAAGAAAUGAUACACUUGUUUGGUCAUGCCUACACCACACUUAGUUGGUUAUUUUGACUAAUGCUAAUCCUUAGCCUCUUCGGUUUUCUCUCUCACACACCCACACAACAUUAGGUCUCCAGGUUGGGGGGAAAAAAUGCCCAUUUUCUUAAUCAUUAAAAAAAUUCUUGUUCAUAUAUAAUGGUUUCUGGGUUUUCUCUCCUCUCUCCCCUUUGCUUUGUGAUACUGUCAUCUUUCUCCCUUUGGUGCUAUUUCAGUACGAAUUAAUUUAAUUUAGGAAUGAAAAAGCACACAUUUAAUAAAGUUUACGGGUACUGA